UUGCCGCUGGCGGCAGUCCCUUGGCUGCCACCCCGAGGGGGAUCGCCCGGCCAAGACGCCCGGAGAGCGGGGAGAGCAGCGUCGAGGACCUUCUGAUGUUCCCUGUUGAUCCCAGCCUUUCUGCUCUCCCAGAAUGCCUCUGGCAUCCAGCACCACUGAGCACAGCCCUGAAGAAGUCAUGGACUCCAUGCCGGAAGAGUUCCAGCAAGUCCUUUCCAUCAGCCAGAUCCGUGCCACCCAUGCCACCAAUGACUAUGUGGAGAGACCUGCCUGCAAACAGGCCGUUUCUGUGCUUGCUGUGUCCCAGACGCCGCCAGUCCACAAAGUGGAGAUGACUCAGGAACGCCUGGUGUCCUCUGUCUUCCAGGAAUUUCACUCCAGCCAACCACAUCAGACGCUACCGCUCCAACAGCCCCUGAGCCAUUCCAGCACAGCCAGCUCCAUCUCCCACAGCACUGCCACUUCGGAGCAGCACCUCCUCAGGGCCAUCACGCCAUCGCACUCUGGACACUCACAUCGGACGCAGCCACGGGCAAGCGACCUGAAGGCCGAAGAGCUGCUGAAGGGGACCCCGGAGAAAUCUCCCACCCUUCACCCAGGCCAUCUCUUCAUCUGCGAAGAAUGCGGUCAUUGCAAAUGUGCCCAGUGCGCGACUGCCCGCACCUUGCCCUCCUGUUGGCUUUGCAACCAGCGUUGCCUCUGCUCGCCGGAGAACCUCAUUGACUAUGGGACUUGCCUCUGCUGUGUCAAGGGCAUCUUUUACCACUGUUCCUCAGACGACGAGGACACCUGUGCAGAUGACCCCUGCUCCUGUGGUCCUGGCUCUUGCUGCGCCCGUUGGGUGGCCAUGGGCUUGCUCUCUUUGCUCAUGCCCUGCCUAUGCUGCUAUCUACCUACCUUUGGUUGCCUCAAACUCUGCCAGAAGGGCUAUGAUGCCGUCAAACGGCCAGGCUGCCGCUGCCAGAACCACACCAAUACCGUUUGCAGGAAGAUCUCCCCACCUAGUGGUCUCGCUCUCCCCAAAACUUUGGACAAACCAGUAUGACUCCUCUUGGGAAGGGGUAGGGAAAUGGCUGUUCUCGUUGACCUCCUUCUUUCAACUCCCCUCUCUUGAGAGCCUCUGGCCGAGAACAAAGCAGAGAACCAACAUUGCUGGUUUAGCUGUUGAGGUUCUCCUGGGAGGUUAGCCACCGUUUCUGGAAUGGAGGAAGCCACGGGUCUCUGUGUCCAAGCUGAGCAUUUUAAGGCCUCCCACGUUUCGGUCCUAGCCAAGGACAGAUGGAGGCAUGCACUAGUCAUCUUGGACAUCAGA